AUGGCUUCUAAAUUGAUGGAUCUGGUCUAUUGGAAAAGGGUUCGUAAGACAGGGAUAGUGUUUACGGGGCUGGUGGUGGCCCUCGCAAGUAUGUUUCAGCUGAGUGCCAUCACGGUCCUGUCCCAUGUGUGUCUGGGCGUCCUGUGUGUGACCUUCACAUUACGCCUCUACUACAAACUGCUGGAGCUGAUGCGCUGGAACCCAGGACUGCACCCUUUCCAGUCGUACCUGGACUAUGACAACACUCUGACAGAUAAAGAGACUGUGGCGCUGGUGGAGGAAGCGGUUCUGUUGGUCGCUUUUGCGGUGACUGAAAUCAAACGACUGCUCUUCAUCGAGAGCGUAGUCGACUCCAUCAAGUUUGCAGUGCUCCUGUACUUGUUGACACACGUUGGUGUGAUGACCACUGGACUCACUCUCGUCAUCACCGUUGUAAUUGCCAUGUUCUCUUUCCCUAUAUUGUAUAAAAAGCAGCAGGUACGGAUAAGGAGAAUCAUGAGAGCAGUAAGAGCGUUGAUAAAGAAAAUCAAGAACCUCUUCUCCAGCCUGUACGAGUCAGUGAGACCAUCGUCAUCCUCAGAACCAGCACCAGCAGCACCAGCAGCACCAGCAGCCGCUGCAGUCGCUGCACCUGCCGCCAAACAGAAAGCCAAGUCCAAAUAA